GCAGUAUAAAAGAACCAUCUUUCCCGGUUCUCUUCCUCGGACUAGAUCUACACCGGCCCCUCUCCCCCCGUCAAAAAUCUCCUUUAUUUCCGUGGAAAAAGAGCUCAAUAAUUUCGAUCCGUUGGCCUUUUCAAUUUAAUUAGAUCAUUAAUUAAUUAAGUUGUUUGAAACUAUAUAUUGACAGAGAUGGAAACCAAGAUUCCUGCAUCAAGAGCAGAAAGAGGAAUGGGAGUUGAAGCCGUCGUCGCGGAGGAGGAAAUGGUGGCUCAUAAGCUUAAUAACGUUAGAUGGGCAGACUUUGCUUUAAGGUUAUUAGCCUUGGCGCUGACCUUUACGGCGGCUCUGGUUCUGGGCUUGGACAAGCAGACGAAGGCGGUGACCAUGCAGAUUCUUCCCACCCUGCCGCCGGUCAAUAUUCCGGUCACCGCCAAGUCGCAUCACUUGUCUGCCUUCGUGUACUUUGUGGUGGUCAACGCAGUAGCGUGUGCAUAUGCGGCUGUAUCCUUAGUCCUCACACUGGGAAACAGGAAAAAGAAAAAUGGCUCCGCCGCGACGACUUUAAUGAUCAUGACCCUCGAUCUUGCCAUGGUGGCGCUGUUGUUUUCCAGCUGCGGAGCCGCGGCGGCUAUUGGGGUGAUGGGGUACAAGGGGAAUUCGCACGUGCGGUGGAACAAGGUCUGUAACGUCUUUGAUAGAUUCUGCGGCCAGGCGGCGGCGGCCAUUGGAAUUUCACUCGCCGCCUCCAUCUUCUUCCUGCUCCUCGUCUUCUUUGCGGCAUUAAAUCUUCACAAGCGGCUUGACAGCUACCUCACCUCAUACUAAAAUAAUACUCCGUAAUAAUAAUACAAUACUCCAUGCAUAUAUGCAUCUUGAAUUCUUCUUGUGAAUUGCUCGUCUUCUUUGUUCGUUUAAUUUGUUGUGAUCGCGAGUUGCCGGCUCUCAUCCUACCUGUAAUAAUUAAGCCAAGUCCUAUUAGGAUCGAUGAUGCGGCAUAUUGUUUGUAUUUCUACCUUUUAAUGAUCAAACACCUGAAUUCUCAAAAAAAAAAAUGAUCAAACACAUGAUUUAU